UUUGGAGGAUUUGCUCUGUGCUUCGGGCGUUCGCUCACUCGAUUUUUUUUAUGGAAAUAAGCUUAUGUAUGCUGGCUCUACUAGUUUAGACUGUUUGUUGUCACUUGUCGAAGGAUUCCAUUAACUUUCUGGAAACUUUUCGCCAAGUUGGAAGAUUACUCCACCCGGUGUGCGGUUUUGUUUGUGCCCGGGCACGGAACCGUGCAGUGCCGACUGUGAAGGAGGGAACACCCCGCACGGAAGUUUUCAAACGAGUGACCUGUUGUGGGUCCUCUCAAGGCCGCCCUUCUUUCCGUUUGCGCUCUUUUAUUACUUGAAUUAAUCGCCCUCAAGUUGUUGAGGAGUUUGGUAAACAUGUCAGGACCCAAUUUACGCACUAAACUUUGGAUCCUGCCAAGCAAUGCUGGAGCAUUUCACCGGUGCGUCAAGGGCAACUUUCUUUAGGAGCUGCCUUGGCACCCGCAUUUUGUUUAUUUGUGGUGUUCAGGCCCCUGCCUGAGGGCUUGGAUUGAAGCUUUGCACCAGAUCGGUCCGAUUGAACACAACAUUUUUCCGCAACAUGGAAGCUGAUCAGGGGUCUGGUGCAGCCUCCGAGGAGCCUCGGGCAGAAAGCGCUGCUGCGUCCGACAGUUUUUCCCAACUGUGGACGGACGUUAUGGGGAUGCUGGAUGGUUCUUUGGGCAACAUAGAUGACCUCGCCCAGGAGUACUCUGAGUACUACAACACCUGCUUCAGUGACGUCAGUGACCGCAUGGAGGAGCUUCGCAAAAGACGAGUCUCCCAGGAGCUUGACAUGGAGAAACAGGAUCCAAGCACCACCUCCCAGCAGCUUCGUACUGAGAUCCAGGAAUCAUUAGGCUUCAGCAGUGAGGUGUCCACUCCAGAAACAGACAGAAAAAUGCCCCUGCACAAAUCCAGCUCUGAAGAUGGAUCUGGAGGUAAAUGGGACAAUAAGAAGAAAAACAAAUCUUUUUGGCAGAACUUCCGCAAGUCUCAGCACAAACAAGUCAUGCGACAGACAUCCAAAGGAGAAGACAUAGGCUAUGUGGCCAGUGAGAUCACCAUGAGCGACGAAGAGCGAAUCCAACUGAUGAUGAUGGUGAAGGAGAAGAUGAUCACCGUGGAAGAAGCUCUAGCUCGGCUAAAGGAGUAUGAACUCAACAGACAGUCCAGCAGUACUGACACUGCUGAGUGGACUGAGGGAUCUGCAUCCAAUCUAAACCAGUCCUCAAACUGCAACUCUCGUGAACAGUCAGACGAUGAGCAGUCGGAGGACUCUGUGAAGUUCAAACGGCUUCACAAGCUGGUUAACUCUACGCGCCGCGUCAGGAAAAAGCUCAUCAAGGUGGAGGAGGGCAAGAAACAUGGCUCAGAAGAUUUUCUGAAUCUGCAGUCACCUCCCACCUGUGAGAACAACACAGCUCUGUAUACAGGGGUCCUGAAGAGGCCCCCUCGGCCUCAGGAGAGCUCCCUCACCCAGGAUCAACUCUCUCUGGAUGGAGACACAGACAGCCUGACCAACUCCCCCUCCUCCAGCAGCCUGGACACCUGGUCCGGACACAAGCUGGUCAAGACCUUCAGUAAAACUUCCAGUAGCCACGGUCUCAUCCGACCCCCCAAGAGAACCCCAGUCGGCUCUACAGUCCUGGGAGACUCCAACUCGGGCGUAGGAGGCAGCGGCUCUUCCUUUUCAGAGCUGGAUGGCUGUGGAUUGGACGAAGAAGGAAAGCUGUCACGCUCCACAACCGACAGCGAGAUGCGGAAGGCUCUGAACUCCAUCUCCCAUGGGAGAACGUGCAGCUUCGGGGGCUUUGACCUGUCUAACCGUUCUCUCCAUGUGCUCAACGUGGGCUCAGAGGCCAAUCAUAAAGAUCAGGAGGCCAUAUACAGAGAAGUGGUCAAGUCCCCCACCACCUCUCGGAUCUCACUGGGCAAGAAGGUCAAGUCGGUCAAGGAGACGAUGAGGAAACGCAUGUCGAAGAAGUACAGCAGCUCCUUUUCUGAGCAGUCCAGUCCCGAUGGAGCCCCUGGGUCCCCUCAGUCCCCUCAGCCUGACACCGACUCUCUGGAGAAGCCGAAGCUCAAGGCAGGAGGAUCGGUGGAAAGUCUGCGAAGUUCACUCAGCGGACAGAGUUCAAUGAGUGGUCAGACUGUGAGCACCACUGACUCGUCAGCCAGUAACAGAGAAAGCGUGAAGUCCGAGGAUGGUGAUGACGAAGAGCCGCCUUACAGAGGGCCGUUCUGUGGCCGCGCCCGGGUCCACACAGACUUCACCCCCAGCCCGUACGACUCAGACUCCCUCAAAUUGAAGCGCGGUGAUGUGAUUGACGUCAUCAGUAAGCCACCCAUGGGAACGUGGAUGGGUCUGCUGAACAACAAAGUGGGCACCUUCAAGUUCAUCUACGUGGAUGUGCUGGUUGAAGAAGAGGAGAAACCCAAGAGGCCUGUAAGGAGAAGGAGGAAGGGCCGACCCCCCAAGCCCUCAUCAGUGGAGGACUUGCUGGAGCGCAUCAACCUCAAGGAGCACAUGCCCACUUUCCUAUUCAACGGCUACGAGGACCUGGACACGUUCAAGUUGCUGGAAGAGGAGGAUCUGGAUGAGCUGAACAUCAAAGAUCCUCAACACAGAGCCGUGCUGCUCACCGCCGUAGAGCUGCUACAGGAGUAUGACAGCAGCAGUGAUCCAGAGCGCAGCGGCCUGUCGGGCUCCCAGGAGAAGCUGCUGUCUGAGGGCCGGGGGCUGGUGGGAGACUCCCCGCGAGACUCCGGCUGCUACGAGAGCAAUGAGAACCUGGAGAAUGGUAAGAGCAGGAAGGCAUCCCGUUCCAGUCGUUCCUCAGCCGGCCUCCAUUCUCCCGACUACCCCACCCUGCCCAUGACCCUCUCAACAGAAGCUCUGCAGCAGAACAACAAGAACCAGCGCAAGUUCCCAAAAAGCUUUUUCAUCAAACCCUCCCUGAAGGGCUUCAACCUGCUGGCGCUGCGCAAAGCCCAAAAAAGGUCCCCCAUCCCGGCCAGCCGCAGCUGUGAGGACCUGGACGGACCCCUGCACACCACCGCCCCCUGGAAGCGCUCCCACUCUCUGGGGGAUAUGCACUGGGACCAGAGCUUUGAGCAGAAGGAUCUGAGUGUGGAGCUUAACAGUGCCAAGAAAGAACCUAAAUCAGGCAGCAGUAGCCCCACCAAGGCCUGCAGAGAUGAGGGUUCCCCAGCUCAGAGCAGGACCCCAACAGUGAGCCCAAAAGGAAGACCCCCCCUGCCCUCCCAGCUGCCUCUUCGUCCCCCUCCCCAUACCCGCAGUCCUCCAGAGCUCCUCUCAAGUCCCACUCCAAGUCCGCCUGAGUCAAGUGGGGAGAGGGUGAUCCGGACUCACGCCAAGAAGCCUCCAGUCCCUCCCCCCGUUCCUGCUAAGAAGUCGAGGGAAAGACUGGUCAACGGCCUGCGUCACCCCCCUCUCUCGCUGCCCUCUUCACCAUCACCCACUCCCUCCCCGACCCACUCCCUCAACCGCUCUUACCCCAGCAGCCCUGUAAUCCGCAGCAGCAGCCCGAGCUUCGGGGCCCCUGCUCUGCCUGCCAAGAGCCCCAGCACCCCUGCCAGCCCCUGUGCCACCUCCUCCUCCUCCUGCUCCUCCAUGGGCGAGGACUCAGGCACUCCCCCAGCUGUGCAGCCCCCGUGGUUCUCAGAUCUGGGGGGCAAGGUGGCUGUUGCGAGGAAGGUCUCCCAUGCCAAGAUGGGCCCUGACCUGCUAACCCUCCUGGAACAACGGCUGGAGGCCGAGGGCAUCGAUCUCACUGAGGAGCCCUACUCUGACAAGCAUGGCCGCUGUGGCAUCCCCAAGCCGCUGGUGCAGCGUUACUCCGAGGACUUGGAGCAGCCUGUGAAGGACGUGGCCUCCACCCUGGACCAGCUCCGAGUCAAAGAGCUCCGUAAACAACACCGCAUGGCCAUUCCUUCUGGAGGUUUGACAGAAAUGUGCCGGAAGCCUCUGCCCUCAGCUAACAUCAGCACAGUUUCUGAUUGGCUCACCUCCAUCGGCCUCCCCAUGUACGCCACACCUCUGGCGGCGGCGGGAAUCGACACGCUGAGGGGCGUGGCCUUGUUAACAGAGAGCGGUGUGUGGGAGGCAGGGGUGCGAGAUGAGAGACACGCCCGCCGCCUGGUCAGCGAGGCCCGAUUGGUUGGCUCCCACAGAGAGGGGCAGUCCUAACAUGCUGCUGCAGUUGGAUAAAAUAACAGGUAUCAACUCACUGGUCAGCAUUUUUUUUUUUUUUAAACAUGGUCAGUAUGCGGCCAAAGACAAAUCGGCCACAGGACUCGCAGAUCGAACGAGUGACCGCAGCAUUGCAGUACUUCCUGUCUCGCAUGUGUCAAAGACUGAAAGUGAGCCUCCCUGCUCUCUGAUUCUCCUCAUCACUCUUUUUCUCAAAUGUUUACGGCACUGUGGAGAUUCUCCUACAGCCAAGUCAAGAUAUCAGAUGCCUUUUUAAAAGAAGACUGUAGACUCACUCUGUGGGAUGGCUUCAUUUCUGAAGACACCCCCAAAGUCUUAAAAUAAAGACUUGGAUCUGCCUUGAAGGAAGAUAGCACACUCUUUUGUAGGAUGGAUGUUUUUUAAAUACAGAAAGACGUUUUACUUCUUGCAUAUUUCAUAAGUGCUUCGUUUUCAUCUUUUGUGGCGAGGCAACGUUAUAUGACUGUCUUUUAAGGAAGUAGCUCGGCCAAAGUGAUUUACUCCUCAUUCAGCGUUUCAUUCGCUCUAAUGGAUUCACAAUGACAAAAUUCACUUAAUAUCUGGACUUUUAUCAACUAAAUACAUACACCAAACUUUGAUGAACGGUGGUUUUGAGAUGGCUUAUUUUGAAUCAUGUUUCUGUAUUAUAGCAUAACGCAUAUCUUCAUUUUAAAAUGAUUUUUAUGUUAAACAUUUUGUUUGCCUUUUGAAUGUUGCAGCCUUAUUUUGAGGCCCGCUCUCAGUCAUUUCUAAGCUGAAACCGCUGACAUCACAGCUUUAUACUUCACAUUUUAUUAAAAGUCCUAUCUCACUGCAUAUCUUGGAUGCACAGCCGGCGCCCGUUUGAAUAUAAGUCUUCGAGAAAGCUUCAGUAAUCACAAUCAGCUUUCACAGAAACAAAACAUUCCCUGUGUAUCCAAGAACGUUUUAAGUUGCCUUACCAUUAUGAAUGAAAAGUUUCAUUAACCCUGUAUAGUAUGGACUAUACCACCAGGCUGAACUGCUUAAAGUUCAAGCCUUUUUGCUCUGAAUGUGUCACACUCAACCAGAUCACUUCAGCCACACAUAUGGAUGUGGAGCACAAAACAUGCCUCUGAUGGAUUGUGGUUUCAAAGAUCACAUGAAAAUUAAACGACUAAACCCCAGACACGACACACACGUCGUCCCAUGCUAAACACACAGUUGCUCCAUGUAGAGGGUUGUGGGAGAAAAUAGAAAUGUUCAAAAGAGACGGCUGACAUCUCGGCUUUCAUAUCUGGAAUUUAUUGGACUGUCUACUCUUUGGUUAAAGUGUUUUAGUUUUUGAUUUAUAGCUUGAUAAUAAGCUGUUUGGGACUUUAUUAUACUGUAGCUAUAGAAAACACAUUGAGGAUAGAUGUAGUUCUAUCAGGUGAAAAUCUGACCUCUAAGGCCAGCAUACACCAUUUCGCUAAAUAGUUUUGUAAAUCAGGGAAACGGUGUCAGGAUAGCCUGUUACCUAAAGUUUGGGCUAAAAACAGAAAACAAAAGCAACCAGAUGCUCUUCCAUUUCACACUGCAUAAAAUGGAGCUAACAUGUGUGUGUUAUUUCUAUUAUUUCUAACAACAGAGUUCUUUCAUACCAAGAGCUGACCUGAAGACUUCAUAUUUAAAAUUUGACCAAGUGGUAUUGCUAAAAUUAGAGGAUGUUUUUUUUUGCAGUGGGCACUUGAUAGGUAGAUGUUUGAUGCCUUUUAUUUUUUCAAUCAAAGUGGUUCUCUGAAAAAGCGUGAUUGGGGCUCAUUUUUUUUAAAGUAAGAGACUCAAGAAGUGUUUUGUAAAGAAUGAAAAUACUGACACUGUAAAUGCACUUUAGAGGGUAAAUCUAGCUGUUUUGUAGGCAGAAUUGGCUACAUUUUGUUCACAGGUCCAUUAAUGGACAAUUGUUGUCAGGUAUUUCAAAGGGUUUCAGUAGGAUAUGCUGGUAUUUUAUUUUUAUUUUUGAGUUCCCAAUGCCAAGUUUGCUAACAUCCACGGGUUAACCAGUUCCAGUUACUCACUUCCAGUUUGUUUUGCAGUCUUGUAAAAAUAAAUGAUUAAUUACAUAUAUAAAAUGCUUAGCAAAACCUGCACAUUCUGUAUAUGUAAUUGAUAUUUAUAUAACUUAUUUUUGCCUUUUUAUUUUCAUAUUGACUGUAAUUAGCUGUACUAUAUGAAUAGCAAUACCUUCCUGCAAAAUGCAUAUUGCUUUAGCCAGUGAGGAACUACAGUAUGUAUUGUAAAAUAUGUGUACAAAUUAUUUUAUUUGGUUUUCAUCUACCUAAUGAUUGUCCAUACAGAUUUGCUUGUGUAUUGAAACAACAAAAGUAAUGUCCAUACCUAUUUGUCAUUCUGAAAUAUAAUAAAAAACUGUUUCUUGCCAUA